UUAAAUACCCUUUUUUCGCGGCAUCUCCUGCUGGUUCUAAAACCCUUGCUCAGUUGCUCUGGCAUAAACCUUCCGAAAACCUUCGAAGUUCGAAUCCUCCUGCACUACUAAUGGCGAAAUCAAGCUCUUGGGUCCCGCACAUUGAAGCCUUCGUCGAUUCCUCCCGCUCCUCUAGUCAGCAGAAUGAAAGUCUAGAAGCACUUGCUUCACUUUUGAGGAAUGAUGUCCUAACCAUAGAAUUACUGGUUAGAGAAAUGGAAAUGUAUUUGACUACUACAGAUAACGUCAUUCGAUCAAGAGGUAUCCUUCUUCUUGGAGAACUGCUUGCACGUCUUAUGGUAAAGCCACUUGAAAAUGUUACUGUACAUAGCUUGAUUGGAUUCUUCACAGACAGGCUGGCAGAUUGGCAAGCUCUACGUGGUGCCCUUAUUGGCUGUUUGGCACUGCUGAGGAGGAAAAGUAGUGUUGGAAUGGUUAGUGGCAGUGAUGCAAGAUUGGUUGGUCAAUCUUAUUUACAAAAUCUACAAGUGCAGUCUUUGGCGCAGCAUGACCGUAUGCUAUGCUUUGAACUUCUUGAGUGCCUUCUUGAUCGCUACUCUGAUGCAGUUGCAGCUCUGGGUGAUGAUCUUGUCUAUGGAAUAUGUGAAGCAAUAGAUGGAGAGAAGGAUCCUCGAUGUUUAAUGCUCACUUUUCAUCUUGUGGAAGUUUUAGCAUGGCUAUUUCCAGAGCCAUCUGGUCCACUAGCAAGUUUUGCUGGGGAUAUUUUUGAAAUUUUAGGGUGUUACUUUCCCAUUCAUUUCACACAUCAACAGGGUGAUGAUUUUGAUAUUAAAAGGGAUGACCUCUCAAGGGCUCUGAUGCUGGCUUUCUCUUCAUCUCCUCUUUUUGAGCCCUUUGCUAUCCCAUUGCUACUUGAAAAGCUUUCUUCUUCUCUACCUCUAGCUAAGGUUGAUUCUUUCAGGUAUCUGAGCCAUUGUGUAUUGAAAUAUGGAGUGGACAGAAUGGGAAAACAUGCUAAAGCAAUUUGGUCUUCAUUGAAAGAUGCAAUUUUUACCUUUUCAUUACAAGGAAAUAUAUUCUCACUGGCUUCAGACUUGCCGGAUACUAUGGGAUUCGAGGAAAAUGAUAUUACAAAAGAAGCUCUUAUAUGUUUGGAAAAGGUCAUAUUGCAAAAUGAUGGCAUAUUUCUUAGUUUAAUUGUUGAUGAUGAAGACGUAGAAAUGAUUCUUAGGUCUGUUACUAUUUCUAAUAGUUAUAACAGUCUUUCAGUGGAAAGCAAGCAGAAGCUACUAGCAUUUGGCCGAAUUAUUGUUGUUUCAGCAAAAAUCUCCAGUUCUUCCUGUGAUAGGAUUUUCCAUUUUUUAUUUCCGCGCUUGAUGGAUAUCUUGGGACUUUCCUCAAGCAGUUUGUCUUUGGAAUGUAUUCCAUAUGGAAGUCCUGUGUCUUUUGGACAACUGAAUUUUGGAGCCAUUUAUCUCUGCACUGAACUCCUUGCUGCAUGCAGAGAUUUAAUUGUAGGUUCUGAAGAUAUUGCCCCGCAAUCUGUUUUAAUGCAAGUGAGUUGGUGCUGCUUACUGCAAAGAUUUUCUGGUCCUUUAACUACUUUUCUCAGUUCCUCCUUGGUAACAAGCAUGAAGCAAGAGAACUGUGAUGCAAAUAUUUAUUCUGGAGUGAAAGGUUUGAGGACUCUGGCUACAUUUCCAGGAUGGUUCUUACCAAUAUCAAAGUCAAUAUUUGAGAAUAUUUUGACAGUCUUCAUGUCAAUUUUAACUGCUGGAUGUGAAGAGACACUGCUAUGGAAACUGUCUUUGAAGGCAUUAGUGCAAAUUGGUACAUUCACUGAGAAAUUUCAUGAUUCUGAGAGGGCGACAAGUUAUAUGAAUAUUGUUGUUGGAAAGAUUGUUUCAUCAAUUUCUCUUGAUGAUUCUUCUAUGCCUUAUUCACUGAAACUUGAUGCAAUUGCUGAGAUUGGUGGAUCUGGGAUGCAUUUUAUGCUGAAAGUAAUCCAAGGGUUGGAGGAAGCUAUAUCUGCCAAUUUCUUUGAGGCUUCUAGCAAAGGAAAUCUGAAGUCGGUUGAGGUUUUAAUUCCUCUUCUGGAGUGUUUUUCCAAAAAAGUCCUCCCAUGGUUCCAUAAAACCAGUCUAUUUGAGGACAUUGUGUUCCAUUUUGUUAUCAAUAUUUGGAAUCAAAUGGAAGCUAAUACGACUUUCAACAUUGGCAUCAAAGCAAAUGAGCUUCUUGAUGUGACAAUGAUGGUAAUGAGGCAGGCUGUUGCGGAUUGUUCAGAGAAAAAUCAGGGUUUGAUUGUCCAAAAAGCUUAUAAUAUACUGUCGUCUAGUGCUUCUUUCUCACUGAAGGAGCCAAUGCCCUUAUCCAUUCCUCUUAAAACGGAAGGGCUACAACUCACUCAAAAUUUACAAGAUUUCUCAUGUAGAGAUGAAUGGCUUAUUUCUUUAUUUGCAUCAGUAAUUAUGGCACUUCGUCCACAAACAUGCCUUCCAGAUGUAAGAGUAGUACUGGAACUCUUCAUGAGUGUAGUUCUGAAAGGACAUGUUCCAGCAGCUCAGGCUUUGGGUUCUAUAAUUAACAAAUUGCCAGCAACAAUUGACUCGGUAGAGGUGUCUCGUGCAUGUACCUUAGAAGAGGCAAUGGUAAUAAUCUCCAAGAUGAAUUUAUGGAGUGUCAAUGGUAAUAGUUCCUUCAGGAAAUGCAAUGUUAUCUGUAAAAGUGUUGAGAAUCUCACUGAUUUGGACAUCAGUGCAAACAAUAAUGCAAUGGUUCAAACCAAUGUGCUAGUUGGACUGGCAUGGAUAGGCAAAGGUUUGCUUAUGCGAGGACAUGAAAAAGUGAAGGAUAUUACAAUGACUCUAUUGAGAUGCUUGCUAUCGACAAUCAACACAGAACUCUUACCUAUCCAGCAUGGUUUGUCAGGAAAUGAUAGUGGACAGGAUAUGCAUCCUCUUGUGAUGAAAUCUGCAGCAGAUGCAUUCCAUAUACUUAUGAGUGAUUCUGAAAUUUGUUUGAACAAAAGGUUCCAUGCAACUGUAAGGCCACUUUACAAGCAACACUUCUUCUCUAUUAUGAUGCCCAUUCUUUUGUCUUCAAUAACGGGAUCCGAUUCAUCAAUUACAAGAUCUUUUCUCUAUAGGGCUUUUGGACAUGUUAUUUCUAAUACUCCACUAGUUGCUGUUAUUACUGAAUGUAAGAAGCUCAUUCCUGUUUUAUUGGAUAGUUUAGCUGUAUCAAGUGUGGAUAUUCUUGACAAAGAUCUGACCUAUAGCCUCUUGUUGGUCAUAUCUGGGAUCAUAAUGGAUGAGAAUGGAAGAGAAGCUGUUACAGAGAAUGCACAUAUAAUCAUAAACUGCCUUGUUGGACUUCUCUCCUACCCCCACAUGAUGCUUGUUCGGGAGACAGCAAUUCAAUGUCUUGUUGCCAUGUCAGGGCUGCCCCAUGUGAGGAUUUAUCCCAUGAGAACACAGGUACUACGAGCUAUAUCAAAGGCUCUUGAUGAUCCAAAAAGAGUCGUUCGUCAAGAGGCUGUUAGGUGUCGUCAAGCAUGGGCAUCAAUGGCAUCAAGAAGUCUUUAUUUCUAGGGGAUGUGGCAAAAUUGGCUAGCCUUCCUCGGUACUGUUCUUGCAGGCCGGCCAGAAUGUAUCCAUGAAGGGGAAAAGGAGUGAAAAUAAAUCCCGUCAAUCCCAGAUCCCAAAGGAAGCCAAUGUGUGCCAAAGGGAUACAAAAGAAGCCCAGGGGUGCAACUCGGGUUGGCCCGAGUUAACCUUUUAUAUUGUUUUGGGUUGGACUUUGGGCGAGGCCCAUUCAAAUUUUGACAAAAUCCCAAUCAAACCCACCCAUGUUGCAUCCAUUGCCAUUCAAGAGUUGGCUUGCACUUGCACAUGAUGGAACCUCACCGACUUUUUGAGGUUGUAUAUGUGCUUCCCUGAUUAUUAGUAAAUAUCAAGAACAGGCAUAGGAAAUGUAUCUCUAGGAAUUUUAUUGGUAGUAAUUUUACAGGUAGUAAAGGGGAAACUAAUUUCUAGGAGGGGAAAAUGCCAUAUUUCUCUUCCACUUUCCUCAUUCAUCUAUAAAUUGGAUACUGCUGAAAGCGUGAUCCAAGCUAUGAAGAAUGUUGUAUGGAUGACUUGAGAAGGAAUUCAUUAUCAUUUA